AUGUACGCCCAGGCAAUAGUUGCACUUGUGCUGCUGAUCAGUUGCUCGCAGGCUGCCUACAAGCUGCAGGAGCGCUACAGCUGGAAUCAACUGGACUUUGCCUUUCCCAACGAUCGGCUGAAGGAGCAGGCCAUUGCCACUGGGGAUUAUAUACCACAGAAUGCUCUGCCCGUUGGCAUCGAGCACUUUGGCAGUCGCCUCUUUGUCACCAUUCCCCGCUGGCGAGAUGGCAUUCCGGCGACGUUGACCUACAUCAAUAUGGAUCACAGUCUGACGGGCUCGCCUGAGCUCAUACCGUAUCCGGACUGGCGCAGCAAUACGGCCGGAGAUUGCGCCAACAGUCUGACGACAGCGUACCGCAUUAAGGUGGAUGAGUGCGGACGUCUCUGGGUGCUGGACACGGGAACUGUGGGCAUUGGCAACACCACCACCAAUCCCUGUCCCUAUGCCGUUAACGUCUUUGACCUGACCACAAACACGCGUAUCCGUCGCUAUGAACUGAGAGCUGAGGACACGAAUCCGAAUACGUUUAUUGCCAACAUUGCCGUGGACAUUGGCAAGAGCUGUGACGAUGCCUACGCCUAUUUCUCGGACGAGUUGGGCUACGGAUUGAUUGCCUACUCCUGGGAGCUGAACAAAUCGUGGCGCUUCUCCGCACACUCCUAUUUCUUUCCGGAUCCCUUGAGGGGCGACUACAACAUUGCCGGUCUGAACUUCCAGUGGGGUGAGGAGGGCAUCUUUGGCAUCUCCCUGUCGCCCAUACGCUCCGAUGGCUAUCGCACGCUGUACUUCAGUCCUCUGGCCAGUCAUCGUCAGUUUGCGGUCUCCACACGAGUCCUGCGGGAUGAGUCACGCACCGAGGACAGUUAUCAUGAGUUUGUGGCCCUGGAUGAGCGGGGUGGGAAUGCUCAUACCACGGCACGUGUCAUGAGCGACGAUGGCGUCGAGCUGUUCAAUCUGAUUGAUCAGAAUGCGAUCGGUUGUUGGCACUCCUCGAUGCCGUAUACUCCGCAAUUCCAUGGCAUUGUCGAUCGCGACGAUGUGGGACUCGUCUUUCCCGCCGACGUCAAGAUCGAUGAGAAUAAGAAUGUCUGGGUGCUCUCCGAUCGCAUGCCGGUUUUCCUGCUCGCCGAUCUCGACUAUAGCGAUGUGAACUUCCGCAUCUAUACGGCUCCUCUCGGCGCCCUCAUUGAGAAUACCGUUUGUGAUCUGAGGAAUAAUGCCUAUGGUCCCUCGAAUGCUGUCUCUCUGCCCAAGGCUCAGCCAGCAGCGCCAGCGCCACCGAUCUACAAAUCAUCGUAUCGUCCCACUGUGCUGCCCCAGAAACCACAGCUUUCCACCGGCUGGGCGCCCUCCCCCUCGCCCCCUCGCACCUAUUUGCCUGCGGCAGCCGUCAAUGUCUCCCCGGGACAGAGUAUCUCCAGUGUCAGUGUGUCCACAUCGACAUCGGGUGGCCUGGAUGUGCCCAAGGCGUAUGUCUUCAAUCAGCACAACGGCAUCAACUACGAGACGAGCGGACCCCACCUCUUCCCCACCCACCAGCCAGCCCCCCAGCGGGAGGGACUCAAGAGCUAUGUGAAUGCCCGUCAAUCCGGCUGGUGGCAUCAUCAUCAUCAGGGCUAAAGUCCCACAAGCGACUCGUUAAGGAUACUCUCUCUCGCUCACACACUUUCCCGCACUUGGUCACACUUUUUCUAUUGCACACACACACUCACACACGCAUAGUGCGAUAUUAAAGUAUUUCUUUUAUUUGUUUGAU